AUGUCUGCAAGUAGAAGAGGCAGUGUUGAGUUCACCGAGAAGCCUAUCGAUAAGCCGGUGGACUUGGAUGAUAUCCUGGUGAACGAGCUGGGUCAGUUUGGGAGGUUUCAAAUGACUAAUCUGUUGCUGGUGGCGAUACCUCUCAUCAUGUCAGCGUUCAUGACCGAGUACAUCUUCUCUGCUGCAGCUGUACCACACAGAUGUAUGAUAUCGGAAUGUGGGGAAGAGCCACGUGGUCUAACAUUUCAUCAAGAAUGGAUCAGUAAUGCGAUCCCGGAGACUAACAAUGGUUUCUCAAGCUGCGAACGAUUCGCGCCUGCCGGUGGUACGGGAUCUCUGGCCUCAUGCCCUGCAAACUUAUUCGACCAAAGCAACACUCAACAAUGCGAAUCUUUUGUUUACGAUAGAGAAAACUCAGUUGUCUAUGAAUUCAAUCUAGGAUGCCAGGAAUGGAUGCGUGCAUUGGCCGGUACUCUCAGUAGCGUUGCUGCUGAAUUAGUCGGUCCUAAGUUCCGGGUCUUAACAAGUGCGACGUGUUCAUCUAUGUUUGCGGUGGGUCAAGUAAUCCUCGGCAGUGUAGCGUGGGUAGUUCAACCGUGGCGAUACAUGAUCAUGGCCAUUCACAUUCCCUGCUUCCUCAUCAUCGUCUAUUACUGGAUACUGUCAGAGAGCGUCAGGUGGCUGCUAUCAAAGGGAAGAUAUGAAGACGCAAAGAGGGUGCUGGAGAAGGUGGCGAGGGUCAAUAAAAGGCAAAUAAGUGAGAAGUCGUUGAACGCAUUGAUGAAUCCUCCGAAGACUCCAGUCGUGGAAGAGAAAAAGGAUGAACAGAGUAUGAUUGUUACGGUAGCAAAGUCUCCUGUACUUCGACGGCGAGUAGCCACAACCCCUAUCUGGUGGAUUACCACCACCUUCGUGUACUAUGGCCUUUCAAUCAACUCAACCAGCUUAUCAGAAAGCAUGUACUUAAACUACAUCCUAACAUGUGCAAUUGAAAUCCCUGGCUUCUUCACCGCCGUGCUCUUGCUGGAUUGGAUUGGCAGGAAGUCUACUCUCUGUGGAGGUUUUUUCUUGAGUGCUGCUUGCAACAUCGCAUUCGCAUUCAUUCCAUCAGAACUGGCUAUUCUCCGCUUGAUAUUGUAUUUGUUGGGCAAGUUUGGGAUCUCUCUGGUGUUCACAUCGCUGUACCUGUACACAUCAGAGCUGUACCCUACGCAGUACCGACACAGCCUGCUUGCCUUCUCUUCUAUGAUUGGCAGGAUAGGAUCCACCACCGCCCCACUCACCCCAGUAUUAAUGGAGUACUGGUCUGGUAUUCCUUCAAUAAUGUUCGGCACCAUGGGAUUGCUCUCUGGUGUGCUGGUGCUGACGCAGCCUGAGACACUCGGCACCAAGAUGCCCGACACUCUCGCGGAGGCCGAGGCAUUAGGAAGACCAACGUUUAAGGGGCAAACAAGCUGAUCUCGAAA